GCCUUGCAACGACCCGGACUGAGUUGGGGUCUCUUGGCAGGACAGUCUCUGCUUGGGCUAGAUCUAGAAUCUGCUGUACAAUGAACAACCAGUCCUUCGCUUCUUAAGAUGCUGACUGCCUGACUUGAUUUAGAUUCUAGAUCUAGAAUCUAGACUAUAGAUCUAGAGUCUAUAUCUAAAUCUAGAUUCUAGAUCUAGAUCUAGAUAUCUAGAUCUAGAUAAUUUGAAAUAAAUUGGCUUCGAAAAGAAGGUUGAUGUGAGCAUGGCAGAAACAUCAAGUUCGUUUACUCCACCUAUAGGUUAUAGAAAACCUCGAGCUAAAAUCACAGAACAACCUGAUGGGGAUGUCCUUAUAGAAUUGGAUAUUCCAUCUUUGGAAAAAUCAAACGUACCACGUGUCCCAAAACAGGGAACUGCUGAUGUCACAUUUCACAACAAGGGUAUGAGUUUUGUAAUGACAGCCAAAGUACCUGCCAAAAAAGAAGGUGUAUUCAAAACCCAAAGCGGGGAGGAACGAGACUACUACUUAAGAGUGAAACAACUGCCUUCGAAGAUCUGCACAAGGAAUUCAUCAUGGGCGGUUGAAAAAGGCAAGAUUGUCAUUAAGUUUAGAAAGGUGGACCCAAAUAUUAAAUGGCGAAACUUACUAUAGUAUUUUAAUAGCCCC